AUGCGCGGCAAGCAAAGUCCUAAGGGUGUGGCCGGAGGCAGUCGUGAACUACACUUCCCAACGCUCCUACGCAACGGAAAUCGGGGCGGGGCUGUCAGCAGUAGGACUAGUGUCCCCGGCUUCACGACAAACCUGUAUUCGGCCAGACCGGACUCCUCGGUGCUGCAUCUGGCCUUGGCAGCACCAUUGGAAGCCUCCCAGCAUUGCGGCCGCCUUGAGUAUUGGGAUCCAGACCACUAGUGCUGUAGCAGCUGCGUCCAGCAAUUCAAGCCACCUCUACCCGGCCACGAGUUUGAGGAAAACUGUGGGCUCACUAAUUUAGGCAAUCAUUUGACACACCCAUUCUAAAAGUGUUCUGGACAGUGCAAGCCUGACUUCGUAGAGCUGUGUAUCACCUCUGGAAGGUUUAGACAGCCCCUAUGUCCUUUCUUGGAUGAGCUGGAGGAGCUGAUUGUGCUGCUGCUGGACCCUGAGACUGGGCCUGGUGGUGGCAUGGCCUCUGGUACCUCUCAGCACCUCCCUGCAAGAUAUGGGCCCUGGCUCACCUCUGCCUACUCCCUGCAGUCCAGUUGCUUGUUGUGAGGCCUGAAUGAGACUGGGGUGGUAAGGGAACAAUCUGCCACUCUGGACCAGUGGGGUGAGCACCUGGGCCAAGCCGGACAGGCAGAUGUACUGCAGGUGCUGUCCAGGCUUGGCUGA